AAUUGUGAAACCGACAGGCACCUCCCAUUCCCGCCCAGCUGCCGCGCUGCUCCUCCUAGUGCCCCGCUAGGAGACUAGGGACGCCGCUGAGCGGGAAGGAACUGGGCAGCGAUUGCUCCUCCUCAUCCUCCACUAGGAGACAAGGGACGCCGCUGAGCGGGAAGGAGCAGGGCAGUGAUUGCUUAGUUUAUCCUGGGAGGCGGGAGCGGGCGGUGGACUGAGUGGUGCGGGGGAGGGGAUCGCUGGGGCAUAUAGAUGCGUCAUCCGGACAAAUAGGGAGCUUGGGCGGCUGGGCGCGCAGUCCCCUCGGCCCCGCCUUCCGGCCCACCCGAGCGCGGGCAGGCUGGCUCUGUCAUCCCUUCCAGUCGCUUCGGUCACUGUCUAGAGCUUGCCAAUUGCCUUCCAAAGUGGAUGAGAGAUGAGUCAUUUCCAUCCAAUGAGAGAAAACAGCCUCCAGAGACUCUUCGCCCAUUGGCCAGCGAGAGUGUCAAUUCCCAGGCUAGCAAGGGCGCUCUUCCAGGCAGGAAAAGUUGGGCUGAGAGCGAUCCAGUAGUCUUUUCAGCACCUGCUGGAAACCGUGUGGACACGGGCACGUGCACUGUCUAGACAGACUCUCCGGAACUGUGAGUGGUUUUUCUGGUCCUGGGUAGAACCUGGAGUUCUUAGGGGGUGGCUGGCAAGGGCAAUAGGCAGACGGACCUCAGCCCAAAGUAAAGGAGGUUUUGGAUGGGGAGCUGGGCAGCCCUGCCUGUUGUGGUAAUUCCCUUCCCUCCCUUCAGCUUCAAAAGCCAAGAGUUUUACUCCUAAAAAGAUACAUGGGGAUCCUCUGGGUGUUCCUGAAGCUCAAGAGAGUCGUUUGACCCCGGUGGGUCCUUUCCCUGUCUUGUGCCCUUCGCACCCAUAGAACGAGACCAGGUUCAGUUAAGCAGAGCAGAAACUUUAUUCACUGAUCAAGGAAUUGAGAAGGGGAGCUCCUGCUCAAAGUGCCUUCUCCCCCGGGGUGUAGUGAGGGGGUGCUUUUUAAGGUCUUCUGGGGCAUGGAGGUGGAGACUGAGGGCAAGGAUUCCUGGCAAGAGAUGGGACUUUCCAGGAAGAGCUGAGUGUGGCAGUCUCGUGCUUUCUGUUCCCUCCCCACCCCUACCACGAGUACGUGUACCUAGCAAGGUGCAUUUCUUUCUGGGCAGAGAUUUCCUAUGGUAAUUAGCAAUGAUUCAGGUUACUGUAGCGCUGCUGAGCUCCUUUCCCAUCUUGUAGCCCCGUGGUUACUGACAUCCAGCCUUUAUUUCUGUAAGCAAGCACAGCUGCAAGCACAGGUUACCUUCCUAGGUUAUGAGGCUUUAGGAAAGCAUUGAGGUCAUGCUGUGGUGACAUAGGCAGUUGUUGAAACAACGUGGUGUGCAUUUAAGGCGGGGAUUGUGGGGUGAGGCAGGUAAAAACGCAGAUUCCAUAGCCACACCCCGACAUACUGAAUCAGGGUCUGUGAGGGUGGGAUCUGGAAUCCUUUUUAAAAAGCUCAGAGGAACCAAUUCACAGGAACAAUAAAAGUUUGAUCUGAGCCAAACUCCUUAAUCUAGAUAUGAGGAAGCGGGGAUUCCCUAAAAGGGAUACAGGGAGAGGGUUGCAGGAAAGUUACGCUAUAAUAGUUUUAGGGUGAUUCUUUCAUGGGAAAUAACCUGGGAAGUUUUCUCAGCUGAUGCUCUAAUCAGUACGCUGGUGAAUACUUUAGGUGAACCCUCUUCAUAUAUCCGGAGUUCUCUCUCUGUUCAGGUGUCCCUCCAGGUCUAUGGUCUGUGACCUCUUGUCACUUUGGUCUCUCAGCUUUAUCUCCUCAAAUCUGGAAUUCCAGCUAGCUUUGCCUUGAUGCCCUUCCUUGUGACAGUGGCCUGGAGACUCCCUCAAGGUAGUCUGCUAGAGUAGAUUAUAGGACACAUUUCAAUUGUUACUGUCCUUAACUGUAUGAUUUCCAGUUCCUUGUAAACCAUUGUUUCAUAUAUUUUGCUCUGUUUUGUUUUGUUUUCAGAAUAGGGAGAAAUUCAGUCCCUGUUACUCCAUUUUAGCCAGAAAUUCAAGGUAAUGACUUUUAAUGUUCCUGACUACUAGUUCUAUCAUCUCUCUCACUUCUGAAUCUGUCUCUAUUUGUGGAUGUUUCUAGUCAUUAGGGUCGUAUUUUUCCACUUUUUAAAUGCUUGCUGAUUUUUGACUAGAUAUCAAGCUUUGUUGAUUUCACAACUCUGGGUGCCAGAAAUUUUUACAUUCCUAUCAACCUUCUUGACGUUUGUUCUAGUAUAUUGCUAUUUUAUAUGGCAACCAUUUUAUACUUUUAAAGCUUGCUUUUAUUUGUUGGGUGGGACCAGGACUACGGCUAAUUUUGUCCCACUUUGGAAGCAAUACCUUUCUAAGUACUCUUGUAAGGUUUAUUGCCAAUGUAGAAUGAGGAAACUGAGGCAAGUAUGAGCAAAUGAGAAGCCAAUUUAUUCAGCUCCCAGGCGAGGUUCUGUGGUCCAGGAAAGGGCCAAAGAAGUUGCGCCCAGCUGUUUAGGUCAUUAGGUCAUGGGGUUUUAUGGGAAGGAAAGGCGAUUGAUCGGCUAUUGGGGAAACAAAGCAAAGGCAAUUUUAUUGGCUGUCAGGAAGCAGGAAGUGCCUGAAACUAGUUGCUAUUGGUAGGCGGGCAGGACUUUGGGUAAGUGGGUCUUGAUUGGCUGUUGGGGAAACAAAGUGAAGGCAAUCCUAUUGGCUAUUAAGAAGCAGGAAAUGCCUGGAGCUAGUGGUUAUGGGUAGGCGGGCGGGACCUUGGGCCUUGAUUGACUGUUGAGGAAACAAAGUGAAGGCAAUCUUAUUGGCUUGGGUGAUGACGCAGUUAUCAGAGGCGGAGAGAGAUGGAUGAGUCCAUUUAACCCUCUGUGAGGCAGCUGGCCUUACAACUCUGCCUGAUACUUCAUGAAUUAUGAAGUUAUCUAGUCAGAAUUUGGGAACUGAAACUUUUCCCAGUGCUGUAUGAGCCUCAGAAAUUGCUACAUCUGCUCCUUUUGGGUAGUUGUUUUCCUGCUCCUUUUCAACAGUUUCAUUACACUCAUGCAUUGGCCAAGCUGAAAUCUCAAGGGAUACCCACUACAGACUCUGAUACUCUGCUCCUGUGGCUCUCUUCUCCCUAGUUCUCUACCAUACAAGCUCCAGUCAUCUUGGCCUCCUAAAACUCCCAGCUUGUCUUUCUCAACUCAGGGAAACUGCUAGACUCUGCCUGUUUCCCCUCCCUGAGAUAUGCCUUGGAAACUCCACACAGUAAGCUAGAUAGCCACAGGGCUUACCUCAUAUGACUUCUUUCUCAGAUAUCAGAGACGAGGUCCCACACUGCCUGAUGACCAGGGUUUGAAAGUUGUUAUUUCAUAGAUCUUGUCUUUUUUGUUUUUUUAGACAUUUCAGGUGGCAGAAUAAAUUCAAUCCUUGGUUCUCCGUCUUGUCCACUAGUAGGAGUGGAGUUAGUUAUAUUCUCUUUGAACUCAUCAUGAAUUCCAUGAAGACUGAGGAGAAUGAGUCACUUAUUGCUACAGAAGGUGACCAGAGUACUAGACCUGAAGUUUCAAAGGAUACUGUGAUAAAGCGGACAUGUGCUGACACACCUGUUGAUCAUUGUCUAUCUGGCAUAAGAGAGCGUAGCAGCACCUUUAAGCUUAAAAGUGAAAUCAACACGGAUGAAACAGCCCUGGGAAUUCGGAAUCUAAAUUUGAACAAUAGAGAAUGUUGUUUCACCUUCACUUUGAAUGAAAACUCCGGAAAAUUAGACCACAGUGUGUUUACAGCCUAUGGUAAUCCCAGUGAGAGUAUCGACUCAGCUCUGAGUGCUAAUGAGCAUUUCAGUGAAAGGAUGAAGAAUCAUUGUAAUAAGAAUAUUAUUGUUUAUGAAGAAAAAACAAUAGUUGGAUAUAUAAAUUUAGGAAUGCCUCUCAAGUGCCUGCCUAUUGAUUCUCAUUUUAAAAUUACAAUUGGUAAAAAAAAUAGUAGUGAAGAAGAUGGACACAUAUUACGUCAAUAUGAAAAUCCAAACAUGGAAUGCAUUCUUUUUUAUGUUGUUGCUAUUGGAAGGACAAUAAAGAAGAUUGUUAAGAUCAAGACACUUCAUGAAAAAGGAAGUAAACUUUGUAUUUAUGCCUUGAAGGGUGAGACUAUUCAAGAAGCCUUAUGCAAGGAUGGCCGAUUUCGGUCUGACAUAGAUGAAUUUAAAUGGAAACUAAUGGAAGGUCAUAAGAAAAUCUAUGGAAAACAGUCCAUUGUUGAUGAAGUAUCUGGAAAAGUGUUAGAAAUGGACAUUUCAAAAAAAGAAACAUUACAAAAGAAAGGCAUCCAUAAAAAAAUUAAACAGAAUGAAAAUGCCACUGAUGAAAUUAAUCACCAGAGUCUGGUCCACAAACAAGAGAGAGAUGGAGAGACCGAAGAUGUAGAACACAGCAGAGAGAAAAUUCUCCAACCUCAGAAUCUAGGGCAUGAUAUUAAAUCUGGGUAGGCAGUGUGCUAUUAAUCUGGAUGUCCAAAAGGAGGCAACUAACCUCUUAAAGAAUUUGCAAAUGUUGAAUGAAACCAUAAUAUC